AUGUUGGUUGGGCCUGCAGGUGCAGGGGCAUCAGCUGGUGGUGCUGGAACUGCUGGCCCUGCAGCAGGAGCUUGGGCUAAGAUUUUGGUGCAAUGGGAAAGGAAAAUGAGUAGAAGUAAGACAACCCAAAUGUUCUACCUCAGCCGAAUUGAGCACACUCUGCGUCUGCCUCCUCAUCUGCUUAGCCUUCGUCUAGAAGAUGCAGUUAGGGGAGAGCUUGAGAAGCUUUUCUUAGAUAAGGUUAUCGCCAACUUGGGACUUUGCAUUUCUGUGCAUAGUAUCCAAUCCAUUAAGGAUGGCUUUAUCUUACCUAAUGAUGGUCAUCCCACUUUUAGGGUGGAGUUCACACUGAUUAUGUUUCGUCCAUUUGUGGGAGAGAUAAUUGUUGCAAAACUUAAAGAAUCUACUGCAAAUGGUUUACGUUUGUCCCUCGAAUUUUUUGAUGAUAUUUAUGUACCUGUUCAUCUUUUGCCUGUUCCAUCCCAUUCUGUGCCUGACCCAGGAAAGAGGGAUAGAGUCAUGUGGAUAUGGAAGUUUCCUGAUUCAGAUGAAGAACUUGUUAUUGAUGGGAUAGACCAGAUAAAAUUCCAAGUUCACAGUGUGAACUUUCCUCCAAUUCCAAUUGAGCAGCCAGAAGACUCAAAACCAUUUGCCCCUAUGGUGGUUACAGGUUCAAUUGAUUUUGAUGGUUUGGGCCCUGUUUCGUGGUGGGUGGAUGCAGAAGAUAAGGAUGAAGAACCUGAAGAUCCUUAA